AUGGAUAUGAAAGGUGGUGGACCACAGGUAAUCGAUGGUCCUGAAUCCGAAUCUCACCUUGGUUUGUGCCGCUAGGCCUUGCAAGUAUUGGUUUUCCAGAAAACUAGGG